CACCAAGCAUACUAGUAUCGGUACCAAGCAACUUAAAAGCAUAGCAAGCAACUUGCAACCAAAAGCAACAACCAAGAUGGAAGAAGCAUUACGUACAUGUGGUAGCCCAUAAUGUAUAAGCGUAGAAAGAACAACCACAACAAGGAACGGACAAUGGUUUUGGUACAACAUCAGAAGAAGGCUGGGGUUUUCCGAAAGAUUGUUAUCUGUAUUGCUACAGUAUUAUGUGCCCUCUUUGUGCAGCAACCUCAGAGGCCGUUUGAAGACUACCUGGGUCUCUUGGACAAUAGUGAGAUCAAGCAGGUCAUCCAAAGAGAAAUUCCAACCACUGUGGAAGAGAAUGCUGCAACUACCGAUGGUGACAUACAAAAGACAUCAUUAUUACUGCAAAAAGCAACACCAAUACAACAGAGUCUCAAUCUCAAUGCGUCCAAACAAAAUCUCGCCAUCCAGAUACCCCAGCCAUCAUCAGUAUCCUUGGAUCGACAGAACAAUUCCUCCUUGGCAAUCCUCCCCAGUCAUCGUCCCGACCACAAAAUGCCACAAUGGAUGUUGGAGUAUUUCCAAUGGCAUCAACAACAACGUGCACAACUCACUGCUCAGAAUUGGAACAAGGGUCGCUUCAAAUUUCUCAUUAUGAGAUGCCUCCAUAGCGAAAUUUGUGGAGGAACAUCCGAUCGACUCCAAUCUCUUCCGUACCAAUUGCUCAUGGCUUAUCAGCAAAAACGAAUCCUUCUCAUUUACUGGCAACGGCCCUUUCCACUGGAAGAAUUCUUAUUGCCACCUCGAGGUGGACUAGAUUGGCGGGUUCCAGAAUACAUGCAACAAAAGCUGCUCGCAGAACACCAAGAUUCUUUGCCAUUGGUAUAUGCCCCCACGGGCUCCAAAAUUAUCAAUAGUCCGCCAAUGAAACAGAAACUGGUCGUUUGGGCACGGGAUCAGACACACAACCACGGAAAGGCCGUCUACGAUCAGUAUCACGAACGCACCAAACAAGAAACCAAUCGCUUUGAAACCGUCUUUCACGAUGCCUGGAGAAUGGUACUGACACCGGCGCCACCGGUGGCGCGCAAGAUUGAGUUUUGGAUGCAAAAAUUGGGUUUGAUUUCCGGCGACUAUGCCGCCGUUCAUGUCCGAGCGCUCUAUGGAGUGCACAAUCGGUCGUUGGCAGAUAUUCAAGCGUGGACGAAAAAUGCCAUUCAUUGCGGGACACAGUUGUGGCCCCCGGGGCCCUUUUUGUUUGCUUCGGAUAGCAGUCAAGCACAACAAUUCGCACUGGACUAUGGCCAACAACACGGGGUGCCUGUCGUGUCGCGUCUUCAUGACACGGAACCGCUGCAUAUGGAUGUGCGAUACGACAACGCCACAUCAUCAUUGGGGCCAUCGGACUACUAUGACACAUUUGUCGACUUGUAUUUGUUGGGGAAUGCACGGGCUGUCGCGUACAAUGUAGGUGGAUAUGGAAAACUGGGAUUGAUUAUGGGAUUUGAUUCCAAAGCUGGAAUUCAACACCAACGAGGAGGCGUACCCUGGGCACAUGGCGUAACAGGAGUCAAAUUGCAUCAAUGUGGGCUGCGCAAGGCAUCCACCCAAUCAGCAGACGGCAAUCCACAGACCCUCAUCAAACGGAAGAUGCCGUUCUUUGUGCCUCCCAUGGAUUCUCCAGCGUAGCACUGGAUAAGUCCAUAUUAUGAUGAGUAAGCAGGCAGGCUAUGCCAACAAAGCUCUUGCGACACAUCUGUGUCCAAGCAAGAGUGCAUCAAAAGUUGCCACAUUUCUAAUCCAGAGCAGUUCUCUCCAGACGAAACUAAUGGUUGGCGCAUACAUCUGAAUCAUGCUUGUGGGCUCAUCCUCCAUCUCGAAACUGUUGGGAGGCUUGAUCCAAUACAGC